AUGACCUGCAACAACUAUCAAUUCGAGAAAUUGCUUGCCACCGCCAUCAUGCGUAACGUCCGGAAUCUUGAUCUUAACUUUUAUGGUCGUGUAAUGUGGCCGAGAACACCCCUCUUCACCUGCAAAACUGUUGUCGGCAUGACGCUUCGGUUGUGUGAGGGCAUCCCAUUACACAUCCCAUCGAGUGCGGAUGUGUGUUUGCCUAGCCUCAGGAAGCUUCAUCUCUACUGUGCCGCGUUUCAGGACGACGACACCCUUCCGAACUUGCUUUACGGUUCUCCUAAGCUCGAGGAGUUGAUCUUCCAUCGAUGGGAGACCGAAAAGCUAAGCAUUAAUAUAUCAUCAUCCUCGUUAAAAGUGCUUAGGGUCAUUCUUGAACCUUACUGGAGUUUCUCCGGAAAUACGCUGAAUAAGCGCCCCAAAUAUCAGAUGAUAAUAAAUGCCCCGGCGCUUAGGCAUCUCCACAUGCACGGUUCUCGUAUACGUAAUCCAGUCACUAUAUAUCCCUCAUUUGAUGUGGAAAUCUUCUUCAAAGAGUAUUCCACCAACAUCAACUGUAUUUGUGACACCAGGGGCCUAAACUUAUCCGGCUACAACUCUAAUCAUGAGGUUGUUGACGGAGAUGUUGUCGAAUCAAGUGUAACGUUUAAUAAUUUAACCAAACUUGAACUCCAAGUGUAUGAUGUUACAUGGCAUUUGCUGGUAAAUUUCCCAGGGAGGUGCUGA